CGCCAAUACGAUUUUCCGGUUAGCGGAAAGAGCGCUUCAGCAUGGCAUCGCAAAGUAGCAUGGCUAACGUUAACGGGGAAGAGACCGCGUCCCUAAACGGGGAGCCGGUCGUUAAGCGGCCGCGGGAGGCUGUCCCGCAGGAACACCCGCUCCGGACUCCGAAAGAGCCCCAGAACAAAGUGACUGUCGUGCUUGGAGCGCAGUGGGGAGACGAAGGAAAGGGCAAAGUGGUGGACCUACUCGCAAUGGAUGCGGAUAUUGUAUGCAGGUGCCAGGGAGGCAACAAUGCAGGUCACACCGUGGUUGUGGACUCAGUGGAAUACGACUUUCAUCUGCUGCCCAGUGGGGUGCUCAACAAGAAGGCCACCUCUUUCAUUGGAAACGGUGUGGUGAUACACCUGCCAGGUCUGUUUGAGGAGGCAGAAAAGAAUCUGCAUAAAGGCAAAGGAUUACAAGGAUGGGAGGAAAGAUUAAAGAUUUCAGAUCGCGCCCACAUUGUGUUCAACUUCCAUCAAGCUGCUGAUGGAAUCCAGGAGCAGCAGAGGCAGCAGCAAGAAGGGAAAAAUUUAGGGACCACUAAGAAAGGCAUCGGUCCUGCCUACUCCUCAAAAGCCGCCCGGAAUGGUCUGCGGAUCUGUGACCUCGUCUCAGAUUUCAAAGUUUUUGAGGAGAAGUUUCGCAUGUUGGCGGAACAUUUUCACACCAUGUAUCCAAACCUUAAUGUCGACAUCGACGGUGAGCUGGAACAGCUGAAGGGAUAUGCAGAGAGACUGCGUCCUCUGGUCACUGACGGAGUGUACUUCAUGCACAAAGCUCUUACUGGACCCAGUAAGAAAAUCCUGGUGGAGGGAGCCAAUGCUGCUCUCCUGGAUAUUGACUUUGGGACUUAUCCUUUCGUGACAUCUUCUAACUGCACUGUUGGAGGUGUAUGCACCGGUCUCGGGGUGCCUCCAUCCUACGUUGGCCGAGUGUACGGCGUCGUCAAGGCAUACACCACCCGGGUGGGCGUUGGUGCAUUCCCAACAGAGCAGGAUAAUGACAUUGGGGAUCUGUUACAGGGCAGAGGCAGAGAGUUUGGUGUAACAACGGGCAGGAGAAGGCGUUGUGGUUGGCUGGACCUGAUUUUGGUCAGAUAUGCCCACAUGGUCAAUGGCUUCUCUGCAAUUGCCCUGACGAAGCUGGAUAUUUUGGACACACUGCCAGAGAUUAAAGUGGGCGUGGCCUAUAAGGUUAAUGGACAACUUCUACCAAGUUUCCCAGCAAACAUGGAUGUUUUGACACAAGUGAAAGUGGACUACGAGACGUUGCCCGGCUGGUGCUGCAGCACAGAGACAGCUCGGAGUUACGAGGAGCUGCCGGCGCAGGCACAAAAUUACAUUCGGUUCAUCGAGGACUUUCUGCAAGUGCCAGUGAAGUGGGUUGGAGUCGGCAAGUCCAGGGAAAGCAUCAUCAAACUGUUUUGAUCCCGCCUCUGCAGUCGUCGGCGCCAGCUCAGAUGAUACCUUCAGGUUUUCACAGGUUUACCAGAAGAGUUUAAAAUGCAGAGGAUUACUUGACCAGCAAUGGUACCUGUGAAAACUUUAGUUGCUGCUUGUUCAUCACAUCCACAAUUCUUCAGAUGUAAUUUAUGCAUUCCACUAAUUCUAGAAAUUAAUCAGGGUUUUGGUGUUUUUAUUUUUAUUUUUUUUAAAGCUGGUACAAACAAGCCAAUAGUUUUUGCAGUUGUUACACAGUAUAUUUUUAACAUUCGAGGCUAAUGUAGUCUAUUUGACAUCUCUUACCAUGCAGUUAUUUUUUUACAUGUAGAGCCACUGAUGAACAGGUGUGGAAGCCUUUUGUAUUUAAGGGUCAUUUCCAGCCCUUAGAGGGAGAACCAUGUUGUGAUUGUGAACUUUUCUACUGAACAAUUUUAGAAAACCUUUAAGAGUCGGUCUCAUUUAUUAUGUUUGUAACAUACUCUUCCUCCUGAUUUUUGGAUUGGACAUAUUGCUUUAAAGCUAUCUUUAAAAAAAAAAAUAAAAAAGACAUAAAUCACACUAAGGAAUUUUCACAUCUACACGCAACUUUGUGUUCACAUGUAGGUCCAUCAUGCCAGUGCUGUAUAGUGCUUACUGAACCUGCUAUUAAAAAAAAAAAAAAAAUCAAUGAAAGGAAACCCAAA